AUGGCAGACCAGGCGCGUAAGCUGCGCAUCACGCUGAUGCUGGGCUCCAGCCUCAUGUGGACCAUGCUCGCGGUGCUCGGCCGGCGCAGGCACUCCGUGGAGCACACGGCGCGCCUUCUCUUCUUCGUAAGCCUGGGCGCUUUCGUGGGCGUGCUCAGCUGCACGUUGCGCAUGACGCGCCCCCAGGGAACCAUCGCCGUCAACGCUUCCGUGGUCGUGCGUGGCUUCACCACCGCCUUCGCGUUCGCAGCCAGGUUCAUGUCCUUGAUACAUCUCCGCAUCGUGGACUCAGCAGCGCUGACAAGCAUGGCGCCCGUUCUAGCAGGCCUACCCAACAUGGCGGGGUCAACGACACGGAGACCUGCAUGGUUCGUCUUCUCGCUGACGUGCCUAGGAACGGCCAUGGGGCUACUGCUGUACCAGGACGAAGGGACACGUCCGCAGAGACUUCAGAGCUUUGGGUACGCCUUCCUGUCAGCCUGCCUGGUGGCUGGCCAGGAGUUUUUCACGGCCACCACGAAGGACAUCCCCCAGGGGGUGCUGCUGCUCCACUCGUCCUUCACAUCGCUCCUCUUCUCAACCCUACUCGCCGGCAACGUUCUCGAAAGUCCCAAGACGCUGCUCACCAAGGUCGACAUGGGUGAGAUGAGCGUGGCCAGCCAGACGGCGUUUGCGUACGUCUUCUUCGUGUCCAAGGCGCGCGAGUCGGACCAGGGACUGGCGAACAUGUACAAGUACGCCAUGGACGUGCUCAUGGCGUGCGCGCUCACGUGGACGUUCCUGCCCGAGGACGUCGUGCCAGUCGCCAGCUACGGAGCGGCCGUUCUCGUGCUCUGCGCCGUCGUGACGUCCGAGGUGCAGCGGCUGUCCUACACGCCCCGGCCAGCGCCAGGCGCCAAGGUCCACACGCGCUUCUUCAUGUGA